AUGCAGUACGCACUCACUUUUGUUGUCUUCGCUGUUUCUCUAUCUGGAAGCCUCCAGGAUGAGCUUCCCAUGUGCAAUGAUGAGAAAUACGGGCUCAACGACAACACGAGAGACCAACUGUACAAUGGUAUCAAGCCUUUGAUGAAAUCUGGUCAGUUGGCAUACAAAUGCGAACUCGAAGUAGCCUCAGGAAUGAUCUUGGAGGAUCCCAACAAAGACUUCCAGUUCACAGAAGCUACCAAAACGUAUCCUCUCAUCUUUGAAGUUGAAGCGAAAGACGGAGACACUCCUUCUAGCGUGAACAAAGCUGCUCUCAAAUUCUGGGAAAAAUACAUUCCUCAUCUGGGCACUUCAAGAAAGGCAGUCGGAUGCGGCUACCUGCUCCAGUGGGGAUACCACAAAUUCAUAUGCCUCUUUGACGACAAGGAGUGA